CAGUCGCGGUACUCCGUACAUCGAGUUCGUGGAAACAGACGCCGGGCACUGAUUGAUCAAUGUUGCGCCAACGGGGUGAGAAUGCCGGCUCUUAGUAGAACUACGGCUUCACUGCUUCGUACUGUCGCCGGGAAACCACACGCCACGACCGAAGAUCAUGAACACGAUGGAAAGGCGCCUGCCACGACCAAACCCCAUCUGGACCAUGGGAAGCAUGCCCUGGACUCGAGCGACGACGAUGACGACAACGACACCUCCGCCCUCGGGGGCCGUGUCGAGAAGAAAGCAACCAUCCGUGUGCCGAAACGAUUGAACACAACAACAAACAACCCGCGUCCCCCGGCGAAAAGAGAAGCAGAGUCGGAAGAUGAAUUGAGCAGAGGGCCAUUUUCACAAUCCUCUCAACCCAGAAAACCCAUCAAGACUUUCAGCAAGAAGUAUGGUUCGCAGAACAAAGUAGCUCUCCAAGUAGAGAACAAGCGUGAGGCAUUCAAUCCCCGUCAAUCCUGCUUCGUUCUUUUCUGAUUCCCACUAGCUGCUUCCUUCCAGGUGCGAGAUAGUCUGCCGACGCAGACCAAACCACCUGAAGCGCCAAAGAGAGGUUUUCGCCCAGCAAGAGCACCCGAGCCAUCGUCUUCGCAACCAGAAGCUCCGCCACCCGUAUCUGCUCCCAUUUUCCGCCAUCCUGCGCCCAUCUCCAACUUUACCACCGACAGCACCGAUCCUU